AUGAAUAACUCUGUUUUUGUUGAUGCAGAAAAUCCCUACAACAAACCACAAAUAUGCUUUAAUUAUUCUUUAUAUUAUUUUGAAAUUAAAUGUAUAUUUGAAAAUGAGUUGGAUUAUAGCGAAAAUGGGAUGAGUAUUGGGCUAGAAAAUUUGAGUUCAAAAAGUUUUAUUAGAUAUUCUCCAAAGGGAGCUACAAUUUUAACUGAGAGAUUCGAAUUAUUUAAACUUUCAACUCUUUCUUGGAAUAAUAAUGAUAUUUUUGGUUGUGGAUUAGUUUAUCCUCCAACUAAUAAAAUUGGUGAAGAAUUUCCUUAUGUUUUCUUUACCCAAAAUGGAAAACAAAUUGGUAAAUAUUUAUUAGAGCCCGGACCGUACCAUACUGCGGUCGUAUUUUUGUAUUUAUCGGUAUUCAAUACCGUUUUCUGA